CAGGUACUUACCUCGACCAGCGCAGAUUCCACCGCGAGCUCAGUUUAUUACUUCACCUGAUAACGGAGUGCGGCGACAAUGGGAUCCUUCCAGCUGGCCAUCUUAGUAUUGGCCCUAGCCAUCAGUCUAAUCACCGCAGACAAGGAGAAGCACAAGCACGACAGCGUCUGCCAGGAGUUCUCCCGAGGGGUGUCCUUCACGGACGCGCAGGCGCUGGGCUCGUGGCGCCUGCUGGACUACCGCGCGCAGGGCGGCCGGCGCGGCGGCGCCGAGGGACACUGUCUGCAGUUCACUGCUGUUACUCCAGAGGAACGCGAAAGCCUCUCAGACCGUAUAGGCCAAUACGUGGAGAACCUGUCAUGGGGCAAUCUGACUCUGAAGAUGCAGGUGCCGUGCGAGGCUCAGGCUGGCAACACCAGUGUGAGGAGUUACUACCUGGAGCGGCUCGGGGGCGACGGCGCGUACCGGACCCUGCAGGUGCCGCCGCCUUCCGCUAAGCUAAACCUGGCGGAGUUCCACCGCUACCCGAUGCGGUUCAAGCCGGUGGAGGCGCAGUACCUGGCGCUGAUGGACUGCCACGAGAAGGUGGUGUUCCUCCUGGGAAGGGACCAGCCGGGCGGGGAGCUGCAGGAGCGGCUGAGGAAGGCCAUCUCUGCAUACUGGCCAGAAGAGGCAACCGAUUAGGUUGCCUUUGUACCUUUUUUGUGCCUAAGAGUAACACAUGCCAAAGACAUGGCAGUUAUAAAAUUUUUUGUAUUCCUUACCAAGGUGUAUUACUAGAUAAGUCUAGUAUCUGCUAUAAUAAGGAGAUGGUAAAAUUAUUCUUUUAUUCAAUGUAGUUAGUUGACUAUCAAUGGCAUUUAAUUUUCUAAAAAGCCUUUUUAUGUUAUGUUUUUUUUCCUGGCAGAUAGAUUUGCCAGAAAAUAACACAUUUCCUAUAAUUAAACACCCGUAUCAA